GCGGCCGUGCCUCGCUCACCUUCCGGCUCUAGCCCGGUUCCCUGCCUACAACCUGCUCAGGACUAGUCGCUUCACAAACAAAAGCUUUGAGCGAGAUCUGUAACUGAGCGACAUGCCGAGCAUUUCCCUGACAGAAUCGUUACUAUUUUUCCUGCUAGCCAGGCAACCCGUAGCUGAAGGGGAGAACCUGUGUCGGCCGCGGCCAGACUCCGGGGCCCGGUGCUCAACCACCCACCGCCUCAUUUCAGCUGCCAGCUCCUUCCGAGACACCUCCCGGCCAGCCAACCAGGACACCCAGGCCGUGCUAGGCAACGAGAACGAGACGCCCGCCGGACAAGGAGCCCUCACACAUCCCACCGUAGACGUUUUUCUCUUGGUUCCUCGGUACCUAUCUCAACACCGCACUGCAGACUCACAGCGAAGCCCUAGCUUCACCAGGGAAUACUCUGGCUUUCUACGCGCGACUGAAGCAAUAACAAAAAAACCCCACACACCACAGAGAAAAUACGCGCAAGCAACGGAGGAAACCGCCGCCAUGACUCGACUCACGCAUGCGCGGUGGGGUUGUUUUUCACAAAGCUGUUCUUAAAGUGAGCUGGCAGCGUGUUGUCUUUGUAAGGAGAUCUUGGUGCUGGGCCGUUGUCGCUACUGUCACCACCAACUAAGUUGGGGGUAUCUCAGUAAUUCCGAUGAAGCGUUUGUAGGGGACGCGCUGAUCUUGUUGGCAAGCUCUUUGCGUGGCAGAAGCGUUCGGUGUAAAGUGAAGAUCGCAUUUUGUAUGAGACCUUGCCUUUUUUUUUUUUUUUCCAGGUUUUUUUUUGAUACACUUGUUAUAAAAUAUGGUGCUGGGGAAGGUGAAGAGUUUGACUAUAAGCUUUGACUGUCUCAAUGACAGUAAUAUUCCCGUCUAUUCUAGCGGGGACACAGUCGCAGGAAGGGUCAGUUUAGAAGUUACUGGGGAAAUUAGAGUAAAAUAUCUUAAAAUUCAUGCAAGAGGGCAUGCAAAAGUACGUUGGACUGAAUCUAGAAAUGCUGGAUCCAACACUGCCUAUACGCAAAGUUAUACUGAAGAAGUAGAGUAUUUUAACCAUAAGGACGUUCUACUUGGGCAUGAAAGAGAUGAUGACAAUUCUGAAGAAGGUCUUUACACCAUUCAUUCAGGAAGGCAUGAAUAUGCAUUCAGCUUUGAGCUUCCACAGAUACCACUUGCUACCUCAUUCGAAGGCAGACAUGGCAGUGUGCGCUAUUGGGUGAAAGCUGAAUUGCAUAGGCCUUGGCUUCUACCAAUAAAAUUAAAGAAGGAAUUUACAGUCUUUGAACAUAUAGAUAUCAACACUCCUUCAUUACUGUCACCCCAAGCAGGCACAAAAGAAAAGACUCUAUGUUGUUGGCUUUGUACCUCAGGCCCAAUAUCCUUAAGUGCCAAAAUUGAAAGAAAGGGCUACACCCCAGGUGAAUCAAUUCAGAUCUUUGCUGAGAUUGAGAAUUGCUCUUCCCGUAUGGUGGUGCCAAAGGCAACCAUUUACCAAACACAGGCCUUCUAUGCCAAAGGGAAAAUGAAGGAAGUCAAACAGCUUGUUGCCAGCCUCCGUGGGGAAUCCUUGUCAUCUGGCAAAACAGAAACUUGGAAUGGCAAACAGUUGAAAAUUCCACCUGUUUCCCCUUCAAUCCUUGACUGUAGUAUAAUCCGUGUGGAGUAUUCACUUAUGGUAUAUGUUGAUAUUCCGGGAGCCAUGGAUUUAUUCCUUAACUUGCCACUGGUCAUUGGUACCAUUCCUCUACAUCCAUUUGGUAGCAGAACAUCAAGUGUGAGCAGCCAGGGUAGCAUGAACAUGAAUUGGCUUGGUCUGACACUGCCUGAAAGACCAGAAGCACCUCCUAGCUAUGCAGAAGUGGUCACAGAGGAAAACAGACAGUCCAGCAUUGCACCUAUAGCUGCUUUUGAUGAUUUUGAGAGUGUACUUCAAGGACCAUUGUUGGCAUACAUCCAGGAGUUCCGUUUUCUGCCUCCACCCUUAUAUUCCGAAAAUCAUAGAAUGCCAGUUUGGAAGGGACCUCAAGGAUCAUCUGGUCCAACCUUUUUGGGUAAUACUAUAGUUUAAAUGAGAUGGCUCAGCACCCUGUCAAACUGAGACGUAAAACUGUCCAAUGUGGGGGAAUCUACCACUUCCCUUGGGAGACUAUUCCAAUGUUUUACUGUCCUCAUGGUGAAAAAUUUACCUCGUGUCCAAUCAGAAUCUCCCCAGGAGCAAAUUGUGCGUAUUACCCCUUGUCUUUUCCAUGUGACUCCUUGUAAAUAGGGAGCCUCCAUCUUCUUGGUAGCCACCCUUUAAGUACUGGAACACGGUAAUAAGGUCUCCCCAAAGCCUUCUUUUCUCAAGGCUGAACAAACCUGUUUUUCUUAGCCUCUCCUCAUAUGGCAGGUCCUCCAGUCCUCUGAUCAUCCUCGUGGCCCUUCUCUGAACCCUCUCCAGCCUGUCCGCAUCCUUUUUGUAGAGCGGGAACCAAAACUGAAUGCAAUACUCCAGGUGUGGUCUGACAAGCACCGAAUAGAGAUGAUGACUUCUUUAUCUCUGCUGGUGAUGCUCUUGUUGAUGCAGCCCAGCAUCCUGUUGGCUUUCUUUGCUGCUGCAGCACACUGUUCACUCAUGUUGAGCCUGUUAUCCACCAGGACCCCCAGGUCCCUUUCCACAGGGCUGCUCUCCAGGUGUAAGAUCUUACACUUCUCCCUGUUGACCUUUAUAAGGUUCCUGCUAGCCCACUCCUCCAGCCUGUCUAGGUCAUCCUGGAGGGUGGCCCUCCCUUCUGGAGUGUCAACCUUUCCACUCAUCUUGGUAUUGUCAGCAAACUUCAUCAGGGUGCUCUUGAUCCCAACAUCCAGGUCACUUAUGAAGAUGUUAAACAGCAUAGGGCCCAAUAUCGAUCCCUGGGGGACCUCACUUGUGACCGGUUGCAAGUUUGAGGAGGAACUAUGUACUAUCACCCUCUGGGUACAGUCUGUCAGCCAGUUCCCCACCCCCACUGCACAGACCACUUGUCAAGGCUGUAAUAAGUCCAUUUCUACAGGAGGAGGCUGUGGGGGGACCAUAUCAAAAGCCUUGGAAAAGUCCAGAUAGACGAUGUCCACCACUUGCCCUUCAUCAACUGAGCAGGUUACUUUGUUGUAGAAGGCAAUCAGGUUUGUCAAGCACGAUUUGCCCCUGGUAAAUCCACGUUGGCUUUUCCCAAUCAUGUGCUUCAAUGGACUUGUGAACAGUCCACAGGAGGUUUUGCUCCAUGAAUUUCCCAGGGACCGAAGUGAGGCUAAUGGGUCUAUAAUUACCUGGCUCCUCCUCGGAACCCUUCUUAUAGAUGGGGGUGACAUUAGUCUUCCUCCAGUCCUCAGGAAUGUCUCCCGAUCUCGACAGCUUCUCAAAUAUUAUGGAGAGCACCUUUGCAACAUCAGCCAGCUCUCCGAACACCAUAGGGUGGAUGGCAUCCGGGCCCAUCAAUUUGUAUGGGUCAAGCUCCUGUAAUAGUUGACACGCCAACUCUUCCUUCACUGAUGGUGGGUCAGUGUCUGUAUCAACCUGGACUUUUGUUCCUAUGGCCUGGGACCCAACAGCACUGGUAAAGACAGAGGUGAAGAAGGUGUUGAGGACCUCUGCCUUUUCAGCAUUGCUGGUGACUAAUUCACCUCUCCUGUUUAACAGUGGGCCAAUAUUAUUCCUCUGUUUCUGUUUGUGGUUAACAUAUCUGAAGAACCCGUUCUUGAAGUUUUUGACAUCUCUGGCCAAUGUCAGCUCACGCUGAGCUUUUACUUUCCUAACUGCAUCUCUGCAUGCCCUGUCAAUGUUUUUGUAAUUUGCAACAAGUAAUGUUCCACUUUUCCGCCUCUGGUACAUUUCCCUUUUGGUUCUGAGCAGACCCAGAAGCUCACCGUUAAGCCAAGGGGGUCUCUUGCUCUGCCUACUUCUGUUGCCUUUACAGGGGAUGAACUGGUUUUGCAUGUCUCGAAAAAUUCCCAGCACUCACUAGCCCCUUUACUCUCCACGGAAGCUUCCCACGGGAUCCCUUCCAACUGAGCCUGAAGCGAGCUGAAUUUUGCUUUUCUAAAAUCUAAAACCUUUUUCCUGGAAUUAACCUUCAUUGUACUCAGCAGUAUCCCAAACUCCACAAUAUUGUGGUCACUGCAGCUGAGUCUGUCACUAACCAAGAUAUUACAGAGCAGGUUUUCUUGGUUAGUGAGUAGUUAAGUCCAGCUGUGCCCCAUUCCUGGUUGGCACAUCCAACAUUUGUGUGAGGAAGCAGUCUUCUACACAUUCCAGGAACUUGAUGUAUGACAGGUCAACUGCAGUGUUGUUCUUCCAGCAAAUGUCUAGGUGGUUAAAGUCUCCCAUAAGGAGUAGGUCUUGUUGACCUGAAGCUUCCCUGAGCGACCCGAGUAUCACUUCAUUGGUCACGUUGUCUUGAUUUGGGGGUCGGUAAUAGAUGCCUACUGUAAGGUCUCCCUUGGAGAUGACCCCUCUCAUUUUGACCCAGAAGCAUUCAGUAGGGCUACCACAAUUACCGUAGUAAUAGGUACUUUAACAUUUAGAAAGAAGCAUGUUGUUAUUUUUUUUUCUAAACAAAAGGCUCUAUGAAGUUAACUGAUGCAAUGUUGUCUAAAAGAUGCACUGUACACUUAAACUAUUCUUACCAUCCAGUUUUAGCAGGCUGUACCUCUACUUUCUCCUAUAGAAAGGAAGAAGAAGUAAGUUUUAGAACACAUGAACUUUUGAAAUAUCUCAUAGGAUAUUUGAGGAUUAAUUACUUCUAGUUUAAAAAAAUCAAAUUAUUUUCUAUUGAUAACUUUUUGCCUUUGUCGCGGGCCGGUAUUGGGGGGCUACCGGCUGUCAGGAUGGUUCCGCAACUUCCUCCCCCAGUGUGGAGAGGUUUAUGAAUGAGACUGAGGGUCACACGUGGCGUUUGCCUCUCAGAGAGGAACGGCCACUGCGGGACCGUGUCUUAGAGGGUAGAUUAGAAUACCCUCCCACCACGCUCACAAAUUGUUACUGAGACCAAUGUUUAGUUUACGAAUUAAUCGGUUUAUUAAGGGUCAACACAAACUAAGGGAUCAAGGUUCAGGAGAGGUUGUCUAGGUGUAUAUUGGAAAAGGGAUUCAAAGGUACUGUGGUCUUAUUAAAUGCACACUCCGAGGAUGAGUGUAAGCCUUUUCAAGAAACUUCUCUACGUCUCUCAAAUCAAUUAAAUAUUUCUUAAGUUACAUUUCUAGUGAUGCAUGUCAAGUAAUCUUUUUUUAUAUAUUGGAUAACUCAAGACUUCUGUGCUAGUAAAGCAGAAUUUUUUAAAGUUUUAUAUUAGUUGUUCAUGUUUAUAUUUAAAUUGCCAUCAACCUGUAGUUUAA